AUGACAUCGGAAAGUAAUAGAAAAGAUCCGGUGUGGCAAUAUGCCCAUUUGGUGGAGGAGAAUAAUUUAAACAAGUUUGAGUGUAAUUUUUGUGGUAAAGUAUCAAAUGGAGGUGUUUAUCGGGUGAAACAACACCUUGCGGGAGGUUAUAGGAAUGUUACUGCUUGCCCGAAGUGUCCUUCUCAUGUAAGAGAAGAGAUUAGAGAAUUUAUGUCCAAAAAAAAGACACAAAAAGAAGAAAUGAACAUGUUGCCUGAUUUUGAUGACAUGGACAUGGAAGAUGAAGAUGAAGGUGAUGAUGUUGUUGAGAUCAAUGUCAAUCAACACCGCAAGUUGACAAGUAGUAGCCAAGGUUCAUCCAAAUUCAAAUCCAAAUAA